AUGGCAGCUGGGAAGGAGGCAUGCGAGCUACGCUUCGGUGGCCACCGGUAUCUCGUCGAUUUCAACAGCCUCACGCAGUUGAAUCUCGCGACGCAGCGAUCACGGCGCAUACGGAGGCUUGGAGCGGCCCUCCCGCUGCUCAGGAAAGGCGGCGCCGCAUCCUCUUCGGGCGCACACGAGAAGGCGCCGAGCCGUCCGGCCGGCGACGCCAAAGCCGAGGCACAGGAGGUGGUUGUGGUAAUUGUGGCACUGGCAGUCGUCCAGGCCAUCACAUCCGAAGCUGCCCAGGUCGCUUGCCAGGUGCGCGAAGAAGUUGCACCAAGGGCAUGGCGAUGGGUUGCCCUGGCCGUGCUGAGUCUAGACAUUUGCAUCAGCUACGUUCCUCAGUACACGUUCGUGCCCAUCCUCCGUCAAGGCAUGCACGCCUUCCACGUAGACGAGCCAGCCAUGAACAUGUUGUGCAUUCUGUACGCCCUGGUCUAUGUACCCGGCGCCUUCGUUACCGGCCCCUUGGUCGGUGCAGUCGGCUGCCGGCGGACUUUUGUAUUGGCCACGGCCCUCAUCGCUGCAGGCUGUGCUUUGCGCUGCAACUCUUGGAGCGCCCACUCCACCACCAGCACCGACAAAGUUCUCGGCGACAGUGCCGCCGACGGCUGGUUAUUUCCGGCGUACUACAACAACGCCGACUUCAUGCUUCUGCUGGCUGGCCAGGGGCUGUGCGCCCUAGGCCAGCCUCUUCUGGUGAACUGCACCUCCGAGAUGGGUGCGGACUGGUUUCCGCCGAGCGAGAGGCCUGCGGCGGCAAUGAUCUCCAACUUGAUGAACUUCGUGGGCGGAUCCCUGUCCUUUGUCAUCCCACCUCUCUUCGUGGAUGACAACCCCACGGAUGUGGAAGUAAUGCACUCGCAGAUUUCAUCUCUGCUCAGUUUUCAAUUUCACUCGGCGAUCCUCGCCUUGGUGUUAACGUAUCUACUGUACCGGCCACUUCCGGCAGACGUGGAGGCCGCGGGGGCCGAAAAGCGUCAGUCAGUGACUUUCAUCACGGAGGUGAAAUCCAUACUCCGGCUCAAAGAUUUCUGGAUCGUCAACCUCCAGUUCACCAUCUUCAUCGCCCUGUGCCACGCGUUUGACGCCGUGGAGGGGUCGUUGUUGGAGAACUAUGGCUAUAAUGCUUCUCUGACAAGCUGGACGGCGGUGUCCUGCGGUAUCACUUCCAUUCUCAGUACCAUCGUGGAGGCCCGGUGCAUCACAAAUGCUACCUACUACAAGGUGGCGCUGAUGAUUUCGAACUCUUUCAUGGCCAUGUCACUCCUGGUCGGUUUCCUGUGCCUGCACUACCAAUGGCAUUCCUUUGGUUUCAUCACGGCCGUUGGCAUCAUGGGCCUCGCAACUCCAGGCUGGGGCUGCUCCGCCGAGCUCGGUAGUGAGGUCUGCUUUCCUGCACGGGAAGCCACAGUGAACGGGCUGAUGGAGGCCUUCAGCAACUUAGCCGGAGUUGCGGCCAUCGUCAUGGCCCAGGAGGGCAUCGAUCAGCACCUAGGAGCUGGGGUGCUGGCGGUAAUGGCCGCUACGGCUCUGGCAGGGGCGCUCCUGCUGGUGCUUCUCUCAGGUCGGCUACGCCGUUGCGAGAUGGAAGAAAGCCCUCGGGUAGACGAGGAGGACAGUGAAGUGCUGCAGGUCCGCAAACAGGACUUCAAGGCGGACACGUCACUUCCCGCGCAGGACAGGCACGAGAAAAUGCGAGUCUCCCACGCGCACUCCAACCGCAAGGUGCUCCUCCUUUUGUGGGCUGUCGGCAUCAAUUUGGCCAGCGUCGCCAUGACAGCCACGACCGCGCAGUUCAUCAUGCCCAAGAUCGUCAUGGAGCCCGCGCAGAUGGCACAGAUGAUGCCAAGUUACACGAAGCCGAAGAAGCGCAACAAGAAGCACAACCGCAGCAAGAUGAAAAAUGGUGUUCGUGAGCCAAGGACCUUUCUGCUGAACUGUGGGCCGCUUGGGCAUCAGCAGGCCCAGAUGGCUCGAGGUCACAUUGCCAGCAUCAUGUCUGCUGCGAACCAAAGCUUCGCAGCUUUUCCGUGCGUCCGCGCCAAGAAAGGUGUCACGGCUGCCUUCAAAGAGGGCCUUCUGUCGCAGAAAGCUUUGGAUGUGUGGAACCGCCAUCCAGGAUCCCGUGCUGCCAUUGAGGAGGCCGCGUCCCACAUGAGGCUUUGGAAGCUGAUGGCGAAUCAGAACAUCCAAAGCGCGAACAUCAUCGAGGAUUCGGAAAAUCUCUGCUUCAGCUUCCGCUCAAGGCGGAACGAGCUGCUGGGCAAACUGCCACUGAAGACGGACUUCGUGGCGCUGAAUCCGCGCCAGUCGGUUGGUUCCCUGGACCAGAAGGCCAUGCAGGCCCUGAAGGGCAAGAAGUCGAAGCAUGGCAAUGCCUCCAGCACCGGGCCUUUCCAGGGCGUUGUGAAUCGCCUGCGGCCCGGCACGGGGCUACCCGUCGCGCUGAACAACUACUACAUUACCCUUCGCUGGGCAAAGAAGUUUCUUCGCUUCGGGGUGCUGUGGGAAGCGCCUCCGAAAGCCAAAGUCAAGUUCGAGCACUUCUUGUUUGACGGCAUCUACCGUAGCCCUCAAGCGGCCGGCUUCCGUGGCUAUGCUCUGGAGCCUGGGGCCAUCGCGCGGCGAAGCACAUCUCGCGGAG